GUCUAGUCUGACUGCGGUGCGCCUGAAAAUCAGUACCUGCGUUGAGUCGAAGGAACUGCUGCUGCGUUGCGUCUCGAGACUCACAUUCAAAGGCUUCAACUACCAUUCCAACCCCUUCUAACCUGUACUGCCUUAUAACGGGGACAAAACUAUCACCAUGGGCUCCUCUUCAUUCAAAGUUCCCAUUCUACGUCUCCACUUUCCACUCGCGACGAUGCUGAGAUUGCCAAGGCGGUGUCUACCUUUACCCAAGUGACCUCGGAAAAGAAUAUAUGGGGUUCCUGGCACUCGGGCGCGAAAAACUUACCAAGAUGGUGCCGCCGCAAUAUCGUAGACUAGGUACGUAUCAACAGGCCUUCGCAGACAGUCCGCAUCCUCCAAUCUGACCCUACUUCACCCAAUUAUCUCGUCAACUACGUCUCUGCGAAUAUGAUGCCCACUUCCAUUACCUCAAAUGCCAUGACUGGUCCUUUCACCGGUCAGCACACGGCAGACUUCGUCCGCAGCGCCACGAUCUACUUACGCGGCGGGUGCUUCGUCGACGUUGGAACACUGCUCAUGCGGCACCCAGACUGGAUAUGCUGGGAUAAGUUGACGGAAGCGGGAAGUCCGUACGGAUUGGCAAUCCCAAGCAUCACCAAAGAGAACCGCAAAUCAGUUCGUUGCGUGCUGCAAAAGUGACUCGUUCAUCCGCCUGCAGCACGAGCUGAUGCUGUACUUCUGGAAAGAUAAGGCUGAGAGCAAGAGGACAAUCAUGAGUCAUCCACUGAUC